UACAUUACCCGGAACGCUUUGCGGGACUUAAGCGCUGUCGUGGCGUUUGUGGGGUGAUCUGUGUCUGGCGAAAGAGUUUCGUAAAGCUCCCCCACUUUUGCCCGGCUGAGUGUCGGAAAAAGGCCGGCUUCGAGAGGGGCUCGCGGGUCGCAGGAGCGAGGCUUCACGGCGUCUCCUUCCCCGCCCCACGCAGAGCGAGGAUGAGGAGGGCCGGGCUGGGUGAAGGAGCUGCUGGCGGCAAUUAUGGCUACAGCAACAGUGGGUACAGUGUAUUUGAGGAAGAAAAUGAGAAGUUAACGGAAAGUUUGCGUUCAAAAGUCACUACCAUAAAAUCACUUUCCAUUGAAAUUGGGUCAGAAGUUAAACAGCAAAAUAAAAUGCUAGCUGAAAUGGACAAUGAAUUUGAUACAACAAGUGGAUUUCUUGGCGCCACGAUGGGUAGACUGAAAACACUCUCCAGAGGAAGCCAAACAAAACUCUUAUGCUACAUGAUGCUGUUCUCACUGUUCGUUUUCUUUGUAAUUUACUGGAUUAUUAAACUGAGGUGAUGCAUAUUCUCCAAUACGAGAUGAUUUGCGCCACGUCAAGAUCCUAGGAAGGUAUCUGCGAAAAAUGAAUAAGUAUUUUUUGUAAACUGCAUUAAGUAUUAAUGCGUGUGGUUUCUCAAUGAUUAUCAGGCCAGAACUACUUCUAUUUUUAAAACCCUUAUUUUGUAGGGUUCUUAAAUUGAAUUCUGCUCAAGGCUGAGCACUCUGUAGAGCCCUCCCCCCCCCCCAAAAAAAGAGAAGUUACAUUGUGGAGUGAAGUGUAUAUAUUAAGAAUGACAGGAAAAGGAUUUUUAACAAAAUGUCUAAAAGCACCAGUUCUGCUUUCCAAAUACCACUAACAAUAAAAUGAAUGAAUUGCAUUUGAUGAUGCUGUAAAGUUAUAUUCAGUUGUUGUUGUUUUUUAAUGAAGUACAUGAUCGUGGCAAAGCAAAGUACUGUUAAGCCUCGUUGUUUCAAUGGGAAAGGUCAGCAUGUGCUUAACUUUGGCUGGAUUGUGUCCACGGCAGUUUGUUCAUCCUGCAGUUAGAAUUUAUAUUAACCAGAACUGUUAAAAAGAAUGGCUGAGGUGUGGAGCUGCUAAUUUUCUCAGUAUCUUAAGCUGCCUUGUGACUGCUUUUUUGUGGUGUUAGGGUUUCAACAAAAUCGGCAAGUGGUCCAACCCACAAAGAGUGAGCGUGAAAGUGGGCUUCUGUGUCUGGAUCUCUAUGGUUCUUGUGUCCCGUUCAUAGAAUCAUGGAGCUGAGAGGUCCUUCCAAUGUAAUCCUCUUCUACAGCAUCCCUCAUAGGUUGGCACCCUGCUCCUACUUAAAAGCCUUCAAUGAAGGAAAAGCUACCACCUUCUGAGGUAGCCUGUCCCAUUGUCAAUCAGCUUGUAUCGCCAGGAAGUUAUUCCUGCUUAGUCUAAAUCCUUUUUUUUGGGGGGGAGGGGUUGUUCUAAUCCACUAGUUUUAAUUCUGGACCAACAGAGACUAGAUUUGCUCCAUAAUCUUUGUGACAACUCUUCAGAUAUUUGAAAAUAGCUAUCUUGCUUGUCUCUUCUCCAGGGUAAGCUUCAACCUAACUUCCCACCUAGCAGCUGGGCUCCUAGUCCCUUACACACACACCCCUUCAUUGCCUUCCUUGGAACACAUUCUGGUUCAUCAGGAUCCUUUGAGAAUGGCAGUGCCCAGAACUGGACCCAGUACUCUAGAUAAGGCCUGACCAAAGCAAAGUAGUAUCAUUACUUCUUGCAAUCUGGAUACAAUCCUUCAAGACAACCUGGAAUAACAGUUGCCUUUUUAAUUGCCUCACACUGCCAACUCAUAUUUAUUUCUUUUAACGUGUUGAAACCAGUCCAGAGUGCACAUCUGGCUAAUUCCGCUUUCUCUUUCACCCUUCCGCUUUCUCUUUCACCCUUGUCAUGAAUCUCAACAUAGCAUUGCCUCUUCUCCCAAGCUCCCACUGCUUCCAUCUCCUCAACCAGUUCUUCCUUAUUGGUGAGACUCGGCUCUAGGGUAGCUGGUUCUCCUUGCCUUUUCUUUCAUCUACUAAAAGAUGAAAUUGUCAGCAAGGCGGGAAUUUAUUAGACCUUUCAUUCUUAGCAGAGCUUAGGAGUGGCUCCCCCUGGAGGGAUGAGCCACAGCAGCACUGCUUCUGCUUACUGGGAGGAGUAAGGCAGUGUUGAUGACGGCACCAUUUAGUGCACUGGUGCACCCAAUCCAGCACUCAGCAGCCUUAGCUCCUAGUAGGCGACAGUAACGCUGCAGCCAGGAGGCUAUUGCUGCAGCUCUGCCCAUUGGGUGAGGCGCUCUUGGCAGAGUUUGACUUGCAACAGAUAUUCAGUUGUUUUAUGUCUCCCAUUACUAUGUCUCUCCACUUUGAAAGCUGCCUAAUCUGAUCUAGGAGACCAUCCAAAUUAGCAGCUCCUGCAGUUGGUUCCAGUAGGCUUAUAGUUCUGUGUCCCUCUCUGGGUUAGGCAAAAUGGUUGCAAAUCAAAAUAAUGCUACAUUAUUUAUGUUUUCAUUAGUUAAACCUUGAUAGUUUAUUACAUAGACUUACUGGUUAAUAUAACAGCAAAAGCUUCUUACACUUUCCUGGGUGUCAGUCUCAUUGAACUUAUUUGGAUUUACUUCUGAGUAGAUAUGAUGCAUAGGAUUGCAUUAUAAAUUGCUAGCUGUGGUAUAGACAAUGUCAUUUGCUUUUUUCAGGAAGAUUAAACUAUUUUCUAGCGCUGUAGUCUUCAGCCUUUUCAGACCUGGGCCCCACCUUUAACUUGAUGCACUUCAGAACCAUUUUCUUAUUAAGGUAUAUUUAUAUGGUGCCAGGGCUGCUGUUGCAAUCCACCUUGGAUUAGGCCCAACCCACCAGUAUGAAGAGCAGUAUACUAGACUAGGAAGCUCUGAUCAAAAGUUAAGACUUAGCCAGGUUGUUGAAAUAUUGUACAAGCAUAUUUGUAAGCUUCAGGGGGGAAACAGAGCACAAAAAUAUUUGGAGCUGCUGUGAUGGCUACAGACAUUCUUUCUGAGAAGUAAUGCCAAAUUGAUUAAUUCAGUACAAAAUACUUCCUGAAUAUGGAAAUUCCCUACUUCGUCAGCCAGUUUCCUGGGACAGCUGCAGGACAAGAGUGAGGCUGCGGCAGUAAAGUAGUUUUCCAGCUGAUUACAUGGUCUCACGGUAGGCAGAUUUGUGGGAGCUCUUUAGGAGAUAUGGGGCUUUCACCUUGGCAGGCUGCCAUUUCUGCAGAAGUUAAGAGGGGCUCAUCUUAACACAGUUCUACUAUUUUAGGAAAUGGUAAAAGAACAUGUAGUCUUGGAAAUUAUCUUUGAGAGGGCUUUGUCCAGAAAGGCAGCCUAUAAAUAUUUUAAAUAAGCUAUCCCAACUUCUGCUUGCCAAUCAGAUGUUAACCCAUCUAUCUAGAACCUCAGCCAAUCUAAUCUGCCUUUAUGAAAUGAACGGGAGCAAUGUAUUGUGGAAUUGUAUUCGCUAGAGGUGAAUGAUGAAGUUUUAAAAAAUAAAUCAAUCUCUAGAUUGCAGAAAUGGUAGAGUGUAUACACUGCGGGAUCUUGUGAUGGCCAACUCAGUUGUACUGCAUCUGAUCAUUGAUAAGAUCGGUCAAAUGAUCCCAUUAACAAGGGCUGAGGAGAGGGUUCAGGUCAUGAAGAUUUCCCAUUCCACCAGCUCUAUAAAUACAUGGCACCAGGGCUUUUUAUCAGGGAGUAGUCAAGGGUACGCAGUACUGGCACCUCUUUUUUGUUGUUGUUAAAACAUGCGGCACUUACUGUAACAACUUCAUGGUGAGCACUAUGGAAAAGAGCACUGCAAGGCACCGUAUUGGCAGGAGCAAGGAUAUAUUGAUGCGUUCAUGUGCUUUAGAACUCCUUUCUGCAGGUAACUUUUAAUAUUUGUAUUUUUUUAAAAAUACUGAAAUGAAAUGUGUCAUGAGUUAUAGUUAUUGUUAUAAAAUUUAAAAAUGGCUGCAAUUUACUGAAAAUAGCACUUCCAUUGUGGUAAUUCUUAGAAAUGGUGGGGGAUAUCCUAUCCAAAAUUCAUAUAUCCACAAUGUCUCUGCUGAAGUAGGUUAGUGACUGGCCCAAGUUUACCUAGUGAGCUUUGUGUCUGGGUGAAUUUGAAGCUUCCCAAUCUAAGUCAGGUAACUUGACAGCUAGAAGAAAGGGAGAGCACAGUUUACCAGCCCAAAGGCCUUUGGGGCAACAGUGCCUACAGCUUUCUGGGUAGAACAUCAUGGUCAGAGGGAGACCAACUCAGAUUCCAUUCCGAAGCUGGCGAAGAAGCAGCAGCUGCUGCAAUGCUUCUUUUCCUCUUCCCCUCACCAAUCUAUAUUUCUUCUGCAUCCCUCUGUUACAUUGUGAGCCUGUGGGCAGAGAAGGUCUCAUUUUUUAAUAUCUGUAUGGCACUAAGAAGAUGUUAAAAAUCACCAAAGUGCUCAAUAUUAAACUAUGCUGGUUUAAUACUCACUUCAAAAAAAAUGUGAAUGGGUGGCCGGGGUUGGGGUUGGAGAAAGCCACCUACUGAAGAAAAAAAACAUACAUAAAACUAGAAUUUGACACUCAUGUUGAACUGUUUGUUAAAUAUUUUUUAAAAUCCUAGAACUGCUGCCUCACCUACAGUUUAUAAGAAGAACAGAAAAUUUGAUCUUACUCUUUCUUCCAACGUUGUUAUUUCAUCACUAAUUUUUUAAAAUGAAUGAAUGAAUUGAUGCAUCGUUCUUGUUUUGCAAUCAUAAAACUCAAUAAAUAUAUUUUUAAAAACA